UCCCACCGACAGUCCUCGGCGAACAACAGGCACGAUAACGACAGCCCACGCCUCAGAGCACAAAGCCGCGAAACCGAAGCGACAAAAACAAAGUCAGUGCCUCGCUCGCAGUUUAUCCUCAAAGUUGGCAAACGGCGAACCAGAACCCGUUCGCUGAGAUACGAAAAUAAGAAGCGAAAAGGAUCUCCAGGAGUGCAGUUUGGCAAGCCCGCAACCACAAACGAGCGACGGAAAUGAGGCAUCUCUGGCUGCUGCUCCUUAUCGCCUGCGGAUCUGUCCAGCUCCCAGGUGUGCUGACCUACCCAGAGGCACUCCCAGCCAAAUCUUCUUCAGCUGCUGGAGGCGGCGAUGGGGGAGGAGCUGGUGGCGGAGUCACUCCCACGGAGACCAGCAAGGACUACGACUAUGAGGAUGAAUCGCAGCAAGCCGCGGCAAACCUGGCUAAGUCAACGGAAAGUCCCAAAAUACCCGAUCCCUACUUCGAGCAGACUGAUGUGGACAUAUAUGUGCCGAUCAACACCACCAGUGUGAAGCUCGACUGUCCUGUAAGGAACUACAAUGCCCAACAUCACGUGCUCCUCUGGUACAAGGGAAAGACACCUGUCUCGAACGGAGACAACAUAUUCGACAAGAUUUACAGCAUGGACAAAAAGUUCUCCCUGACCGUUCCGCUGGCCUCCAAUGCGACGGAGGAGCGGUACGUGUGCGAAGUGCCCAACAAGGCGCGACGCCAGGUGACCAUUCGCUUUGGACCGGAGCCAAGCACCACGGUUCCAUCUGCAGCGGGCGGCUCGGCGGUGACCUCGGCCCCCGCCAAGGACUCGGCGCCCCACGGACGGGACAUUAGCCUCUGGCUGAUCGGCCUGCUCCUGGCCCCUCUCCAACUGGCGGUGUCCUUCCGCUUUUGAAGCGGGCCAAGUUCGAGGGCCCACUAGAAUCUGCACCACCGGCAUUACGUUUGGAGAUGCGCACCGCAACAGAUGAGCUUGACUUUGGGAUGAGGCCUUCGGAUUACGCCGAUGGCUAGGCAAUUGACUAUAGGUGUUGCUUUGUUACUUUAAUACAUACUUAGGAAACCGAUUUUCGGGGAAGCAAACUUCCCAGAGCCAUAGGUUAUUUGAAUUACACUUCCAACUCUGCUUCCUCCUACUUCCAACGUCGAUGUUUUAGACCCCUCUAAAGUAGUUGUUUGUAAACCACUCUUUAAAUAGAUAUGCCAACCGUAGGAUUGAGUUAGCCUAGUGUGAUUGCUUUAGUCUUGCGCUUAACGAACCGAGAGAUUAGUACAUAAUUGAUUUUAACUUAGCGGAACAAAAUGCGAUACCAAGUGGCUUAAAGAAGGAUACUAUAUAUAUGUACAUGUAAGCAGAUUACGAAUACAUAAAACAAUGUAUGCAAUUUUGUCGGAUAUAAAACUGAAAUAAACUAGAGCUGCUAUAGACCCAGCUGAAUCCAUUCAACGAAA